UUUCCAUUGAUUUCACUUUGUUACUUAUUACCUACACGGUACAGUACAACGUCGUCCGUGGCUAAGGAGAGCGCCUCGGGAACACCGUCCAAGAUGCCGACAGGAUCACACUCGGGAUCAAACUCGAGCUCAAACAUGUCCGAAGACGGCUACGACGUAGACAGCAAGUACACGUCGGGGGUCGACGUCAUGGGGGGAUACUUGGUGAAAGAUCUCGACAGCGGCAGAUCCUACCGCGUCGAGGAAAUCGACCAGCACUACAGCCUCGUGACUCUGGAUAGUGCGAAAGAGCAGCUGAAUCAAACGGAGGACCUGUUGUCGAUGUACUCGGCCGAUGCCACGACCGUUGUGGAAAUCGAGCCCCCGGUGUCCGAUUCAGAACAGGAAGAGGACCACUCCAUCGAGGCAUCAGCUUAUGGCGACGUAAAGGAACGGACGAUGAAGCUGCUGCCAUGUUUGCUCGCGAAAUGUACGACGCAGCACACGCGCGUGUCAGGUUACUGUCCCGUCCACGAGGUCCAAGCGAAAGAGAAAGAAGAUUCACGCGCUCAGGCCGUGUACUUGAUCCCAGUGGGGAAGGAAGCGAGCUUUGUGCGCAUCAAGGGCCACGCGUUCGUAGAAGACGCCAUGUCUCGCUUGUACACGGUGUACAUCAUUGAAAUGACCUGCGCCGACCAUCAGUGGUGUGUCUAUCGGCGGUACCGCGACUUCACUGCGCUGUUCGACCAGUUGAAACUAAAAAAAGUGGCCAUCAAGCUGCCGCCGUUGCCGCCCAAGAAGAUCAUUGGGUCGUUCGAGCCAGAUUUCAUUUCCAAGCGGCAAACCGACCUCGGGCUCUGGAUCGACAGCCUCUUGACGCAGGAGCCGUCGGCCGUACCGCCGCAAACGUGCGACGACAUCGUGCGCUUCCUCACGUGGAAAGCCGACCAGCCUCCGUUCCUUGUGGAGCAGCCCAGCGCGUUCCUCAACUCGAACGCGAACGAACCCCGCGUGACGCUGCAGGACUUCAAGAUGAUCCAAGUGAUUGGGCGCGGGUCGUUUGGCAAGGUCGUGCUCGUGGGCCACCACGCGACCAAAAAGCUGUACGCGAUGAAGAUGCUCAACAAAGCCAACAUCGUCAAGCGCAAGCAGGUCGAGCACACGCGCACCGAGCGCCGCGUACUCGGGUACACCAAGCACCCGUUCAUUGUGGGGCUGCACUACGCGUUUCAAACCCCCCAGCGGCUCUACUUUGUGCUCGACUACUGCCCCGGCGGCGAGUUGUUUUACCACUUGACGCGCAUGAAGAAGCUGCCCGAACACAUGGCGUGCUACUACGCGGCCGAGAUUGCGCUCGCGCUCGAACAUUUGCACAGCCUCGGCGUCGUCUACCGGGACUUGAAGCCUGAAAACAUCUUGCUGACCAAGCAAGGCCACGUGAAAUUGGCCGACUUUGGGCUGGCCAAAGAAGGCAUUACAGAUGGCGUCAACGGCACCAACUCGCUGUGCGGGACGCCCGAGUACUUGCCCCCCGAGAUUCUGGAUCGUCUGGGGCACGGCACGGCCGUGGAUUGGUGGAAUUUAGGCAUGGUGCUGUUUGAAAUGCUCACGGGGCUGCCUCCGUGGUACACGAACGACCGACAAAAGCUGUUUGACCGGCUCCGGUCCGCGCGGCUGCACUUUCCCCCGUAUGUGUCGCACAAGGCGGAGAGUUUGAUCCGGGCGCUUCUCAACCGCAACCCGUCCGAACGGCUCGGUGCCCGCGGGGCCAACGAAGUCAAGGCGCACCCGUUCUUCGAGACGGUAGACUGGCCAGCACUGCUGGCGCUCAAGACGCCGCCGCCGUUUCGGCCGUGCAGGACGACUGCCAACGAAGAAACGCCGCUGAAUUUUGAAGCCGAGUUCACGCGCCUGCCGCUCCCGAGCGUGGAAAUCCUGGAAAAGGCGCAGCGGGACCGGACGACGUCGGACACGUUUUCAGGGUUUGCGUACGAGUGCCCAGACGACAUGGACGCCGUGGGGUCUUAGCAGGGAUUAGUAUUGAGUGGCGAAUAAAUAUACCGAGCGCGAGUUAUACCGGCUAGGACGAGCUACUGCAGCUGCUACUGGAGGGACUGGUGGGGGCAUCUACUAGCACGGGGUGCAACGCUUCCUUGUACUGCUCGAUGAUGUCUAGCCCUAGGUGCAGCUCAUGCUCCAACUCGUGCAGUUCCUUCCACGUGAGCGUGUCCAAGCCGUAGCCUUUGAGUCGCAUGAGCAGUUUGUUUUCAGUUUCAGCGUCCGACAACUCUUGCUUGAGGUCGUGGACUUCGUCUUGCAGCGCAGAUAUCUUUCGCUUCGCUGCGCCACGAAUGGAACCUAUCGCAGCAGUCGAGUGGACAAUGCACAACCAAUGGAUGUUGUACCUGGUGUGGACCUCCAUCGAGAAUACACCGCCGCCACGACGCUGAUCAACGUAAGCCCCCACCAAAGCUGGUCCCAGUGGUAGGGCUCUCUGCCGUCGGCAUGUUCACAAACGAGCAGUUCCUUUCGCGAUGGAGCCAACACCACCGUGUCACUCCAUGCGCUCCACUGGGGUUGAAGCAGCUGGAAGAUGACACCGGGGUCGACGCGACUGCGCACUCGAAACGAAAUCUGCCGCGACGUACUUGCAUUUUCCAGCACUGCAAAGCAAUCGUUGGUGUAAAUGCUGCCAGGCUCGCCAGUGUUGAACGACGACAAGCUGCGCAAUAGGUCGUGCCAUGUCCUGUCGAGCCAGUAUUGGACGUGGAAGCGAGAUUGAACUGGGCCGUGCUUGUGAACAUCGGGUGUUUCAGCGCAAAGCGGGUGUUGCCACGUGAAGAGCACUUGGCUGUGCAAAUGCGACGCAUGUCCAAGCCCUGGGCUCGCUUCAUGGAGCUCGGCAUCGGAUGUGAAGCGUUCCGCCGAGACCUUUGUAAGGUGGUGGGGAAUCGGAUUGCUGCUGGGGAUGCUCCAGUACAGAAGGAUCAGGCUAAGUAGGCCGAUUACACUGACAAUGCCACAGAUGACCAGCCCAAGACAGCAACUUGACGUUCGCCGCGAUGACAUCACCACCUUCUCCCACGCGUUUCGGAAAUGUGAUUGGGCAUCCAC